AUGGCUGAUACGCUCAAUCGUUUAUGCUGCUAUGUUAUUCGAGAUGACUUUGGGCCAAUCGUCGAACAAGUCGCAAAAGUUCUUUUACAAAAAGGCCGACUUACUUUGCCAGUAAUCGCCAAACUAUCAAAAUUUGCCUUAGCAAAGACUCGAGAAUGUCUUUUCAUACUUAUUCAACAUAAUUUAGUAUACUGGGCUGAAACAAGAGAAAGUCAAAGAAUUGGAAUUUAUUAUUCUAUUGAAAAAGACGAAAUUCUGACAAGUUUUGCUGAUUCAAUAUCUGCUAGAGAUAAAGCUAACGAAGCAGAACAACGAGAAUUAGCAAAAGUAACCAAUUUCAUACCUACUAAAAAGCAAAUGGCCGAAGCCAAGGCCAAACUAGCAGCUAAUCUUGAUAUGGAUGAUACAGCAACUGGAUCGGUAGUAGUCUAA